AUGUAAUUUAAAACGGGUGAUUUUUUCGAGUUUCAAGCCAAGCUAAGGUUCAAUUCUCCCGAUCUGGCAACCCCGUGUUUAAUCACAUGACUCCAUGUCUUCGCAACUUGUUCAGCUAGCUAGCUAAUGCUUUUCCCCUUUUCUUUUCCGCAUUAAUAAACACAGCUGUAUGAUGGAUAGCUGAGGAUUUUAUUAUACAUUUUCUCAUCUCAGGUGAUAUGUCAGGUGAAAUUCAGCACCAUGUCUGUGGAUGGCUCCCGGACGUCAGUAUUUACCUUCCAGUCAGCUGUACACAGUAUGCAUGUCCUCCGCUGCCUGGAUGAGCAGAGACAGAAAGACAUCUUGUGUGAUGUGACAGUGGAAGUGGAGAGCAGGAGCUUUCGAGCCCACUGCUCAGUACUGGCUUGCUGCAGCGCCUAUUUUUACACCAGACUCCUAAACCACACGGGAUGGAACUCGGUCAUCACUCUGCCUGAGGAAAUCACAGUAGAGGGCUUUGUGCCUUUGCUGCAGUUUGCUUAUACUGCAAAACUUCACUUCACCAAAGAAAACAUCCAGGAAAUUCACAGAUGUGCUGAGCUGUUGGGAUUUCACAAUCUUGACAAAGCGUGCUUUGAGUUCCUCAUUCCGAAGUUCUCUGAUGGCAGCGAUACUACUCAGGAAGCCAACAGGAAGAGCAAAAACAGAAGCAAGAUCAUAAACAGCAAUGAAAAAUCGCCAGCUGCCAACGAAGCCUGUGAUCGUAUUGACGAGCAGUGCACUAAUACUGAAGGAGAUGGUGUAGCUCUGGUUUCUGGAGCUCAAACGGUACAGAAUGUAUCACCUCACGAUACAGAGUGUCCUAAUGAAAGGCCUUCUAUCACCUCUGAUAAGAAUAUUUUAGAUUUACCUUCAGUCUCAUUCCAGUCUGCUACUGACCACCAAACAGAACUGUGUUUACAGAACUGUGGGCCACAGCUAUUGCCACCUUCAUCCAUACCUACCGGUGAAGUGUGUCCCUUUCUUUCAAUGCCAUGUAGCACUGAGAAUGACAAUGUGCAUCCUGUCACAGCUGGCUGUGACGGUGGCAUUUUGAAUGGACUGGCAAUGGAUGAUGUUCAAGGUGAAUGUCUAAACAUGCCAAACGUUGCUGAGGGCCAAAUUGAACAGCCUGUAAGAGAUUUAGAGCCAACGUCGGACUGCAGCCAGUUAUGUCCCCUGUCCUCCAGGGAAACAAGUGAAGUCUUGGACAGCAUUGCAUCAGUGAGCAACUUGGAGAACAGCGAGAGCACCAACACAGAGACUUUUGACCCCCCUGAGCAAAUAUUCCCCAACCCAGCACACAGCAAUGGCUCCACAGAGAGAAGCACAGUAGAGAGAGAGGUGGCUGAGCAUCUGGCAAAAGGGUUCUGGCCAGACAUGAGUUCCUCGUUGACAGAGACUCCGGAGCACAUGGAGCAGGGAGCUGCUGGAAAUGGCUCUGACUUCCACUGGCUCAAACACCUGGAUUUCGGUGCUGCACCUGAUGAUUGCCCUUUCCUUAGAGACUUAAACUCCACAGAGGAACCGCCCUCAUUGAAUAACAGUCCAUCAAGAGAAACAAGCAGAGAGAGUCCCUUUGUGUCUCCUAUAAACUCUGGUGACACCUCUGAAUGUGAGCAUGAGGCCGACUCUGUGGUUAGCAGUGAGCAAGCAUGUGAGGUGGACUUGCCGUUCCCCGUUGAGCAAAUCCCGAGUAUGAGCAGGCGAGCUUUCCUGCAGAUUCUGAAGGAGCAGAGUCUCACGCCAGAACAGCUGGAAUUUGUACAAGACGUUCGGAGGAGAAGCAAAAACCGCAUGGCUGCCCAGCGUAGCCGGAAGAGAAAGCUAGACUGCAUCUACAAGCUCGAGGGAGACAUCAAGAAACUGAGGAUUCAGAAGGAGAAGUUGCUGCAAGAACGUAACCAGCUGAAGCAGAGUAUGGAGGAGACACAGCAAUCUCUCUCAGGUCUGUGUGAGAGUGUGUGUACUAAAUCCUCAAUGCAGCCAGAGCAGCUGCACGUCUUAGCCAGGUAUCUGUCCCCAGACUCGCCCAGCUCGGUGCUCCUCACACCCACUGCCUCCCCAAAUCUGCCCUGCCUCGAGGCCUGGAGCAGCGAGCCAACUCAGCCUGACUGUGCUCAAGCUAAUGGAACAGCUAAUAAUGAUGAUGAUGAUGAUGAUGAUAAUAAUAAUAAUAAUAAUAAUAAUAAUAAUAAUAAUGCUGGCACCGUUCCAAAGCCCAAUGAUUAUUCACAAACAUAAUCAUGAUAAUCAAGUAAUACAAGCAACCAUUACAAGCAAAUACAAUACAGGACACGGGCACACAAAGUUGGAUUGCAAACGGAUGUAACAGAACUUCCUGUAAAUAAUUUUCACAAUUUCAGUAUUUGGAUUUUUAUUAAUUGAGCUGAUUAUGAAAAGCAGGCUUGAAAAGCAGCUUAUAAGGUUAAUUAUUUCUCUGGGUGUAAGCAUUUGAAGCCUAACUGCCAAUUUUUAUGUAGUGUAGUCCCUAACAAAAUAGCAUUGACUGUUUACAUGCACAUCAAUAUUCCUAUAUUAAUCGGAACUUGGCAAUAUUUUAAUUACCAUUGAGUCAUGUAAACAUAGCAAUCUGAGUGCCCGAUUCAGAUUAAGACAGUGUUCUGAUUUCCACCCUUGAAACAUGCCUGUUUUCAUUGUAAAUUUAUUGCAUGUAAGCACCUUAUUCAGAAGAUCCAGAGAAAGUAGAUAUACACACAUGCUCAGUUCGCAAGGAAUUGUGGGUGCUAACAGAUGCUUAGCUGCAGGCUAGGUUUCUAAUAAUGACAACUCGGGCAUACUUACAACAAACAUGUAUGCAGGAAUAUUCCGAUGCCUGUAUGCAUAUAAACAUCGUAAACAUCAUAUGGCUGCAACCCGAAUUUAGACCUUAAUCAUAAUUUUAUGUGCAUGUAAACAUAGUCGUUGAGCAAGAACAAUGAAACGAAAUCCCAUACAUUGGGGUCAUCAGCUUGUGAGCUGCGGUCUGCAGUCUAGAUGUGGCUCCAGCAAAGUAUUUCAUCGGCUCAAACUGAGCAUUAAAAAAAAUAAUACUGUACAUAUUUUUUUUUUAAAAUUAUAUAAUAAUAACAAUAAUUGGCCAUUGUGCAGUGACUCCAGUUUGCUAAAUCUGAACCUUCACAGCUUCUGUAUCAAAUGUGAUAUGAUGAAGAGCCACUAUGAGGCAAAACAUAACCACUUCAAAUUGACGCAUCAUAUUUAUAGACAGAACCUACACACUAAUGGGUAAUUAUUACCAGGUAAUUAUUGAAAGCAUUCAGUCAUGUUAGUUGCUUAUCCAAUCCUUUGUAAACAAGGAAUUUUAGUUGAAUACCCCUGCCUUAAUCAAAUAAUCAAAACACUGCUCUGUGUGGAAGAAUAGGACUUAAGCAUAAUUUCAUAUGAAUUGCCUUUUGCGUGCAGUAAUAGGAAAAUCUUUAUGCUCAUUGCCUUUUCUUUUCUGUAGUUUUGAAAUUUAUCAUUUAUCCACACCGCUGUGCAAAUUUUAUUUUAUGCACAGCAGAAGAAGGAUAGAGUCAAUAAACCAAAUGUUCCUGUUUGAGUUUAAUCUUGAUAACCAGGAUAAGGCAGUUGCUAAGCCGGUUAAUUUCAACUCUGGUUUAAGCUAUAUGUGUUCACUGUUCAGUGGCAAAUAGUCAGUUGGCAGCGUAAUAACGACAUUCUGCAGUACACUGCUCAUGUUGAGUAGAGCUGUGCUUCAAAUAAUAGUUUUUAGCAUUUUAGACAAGAUGUUUCGAAAAAUGAGAUGCAUAGAUUUCGCAAAAGCUGUAAGAAAAAUCACAGACCCCCUUGGUACAGACUGAGUUUACAAACAAACAAUUUUAAACCAAUUAGGCACGUUAUUUAAAUGUGUACAAUAAUAGUUAUUAAAAAUUAUUAUUAUUUCUGGUUUAUCUACCCAUAGAACCCAUUUUUCUUAACAACUUUAAUAAAAAGAAAAAAUAAAGCAUGGACCCCCUGGGUAUGGUACACAGAUGCCACUUUGAGAACUACAGAGUUCCACUAUAAUGCAAAAAGGAUGGAGUUGCUUUUGCACUGUUUAUAUGGUUUAUACCUGCCUUUUGUGAUGUUCAGCACCAUUGAAUGUCAUUUGAUUACUAGAGUAACUGAUUUAAUAUAACUUGACAAGAAAAUAACUAAAUAGUAAAUAGGAUCAUAUGAAAACAAUAGUAGCUGGUUUUCCCUUUAAUUACAUGACUCUUUUGCUUGUAUUUGAUUGGAUAAGAAGCAGAUUGCUUGUACUCAGUUAUGCAACACCAAGUUUGGCCUGGAGAGUGACUGCAGCGUCUGUCGUGAUAGUUAAGAGGUAAACUUCACUUUACCCCAAAAAUUAUAAUCGGUAUGUUUUUUUUUUUUUUUUUUAUUCCUUAAAAUACAGUAGCUGGAAAGGCAUAAUAAUCAUAAUGAGCUGAAUCUACUGCCAGGGUGUAUACAGUGUAGUCCUUAUCAAACCUUCCAUCAGCAUUCCAUAACUGAUCAAAAGAAAGAUUAAUUGAAAUCCCAUAUAAUGUUGCAGAAUUUAAACAUUGUAUCAUAUGAAUUGCCUUUCAUGUGCGAUAAUAGGACCACCUGUCAUGAAUAAUAAUCGUCAACCAUAACAAGCUUAAUUUGUCUUUAUUCCUUUUUACUGAAAAGAAGGUGUAAUGAUGUAAUGUUCACUGCCACUGUACUAAAUUCACCCAUAAUUUAAAUUUAAGCCAGUACAUAGUAGUACUUUAGUGGUCCAACCUGUAAUUCUCACUCAGGAGUAAACGUUUUGGUUGUGUAAUUCUGAAUAUAAUUUUACUUUAGUUCUUUCUUUACUUUUUCAUAAUGUUUAUGAAUAAAUGUAUAGAACUAAAUUUGCACUGUUAGUAAACAUUUCAUAUGAAAUUUUAGCAUGGCUUAAUAAUUGAUAUUUGUAUUAUUCCUGUUGCAAGAUGUGCAUGAGCCAAAUCAUAUUCAAAAGUAAGGAUUCUUAAUUAUCUAAGAGUCUUCUUUACAAUUUAGAAAUCGUAGUAUUCUCGGCACAUUCACCUUAUGCACUUUGUUAUACUGUACAGUAAUUACAUUGCUUUUAAUUAUGCUUGAUUUUUGAUUGUCGUAAUUCAAAUGUAGCACAAUAGACACAGCAUUAAAAGCAUAACACGAAAUCUAAAUAUAGUGUGCAUAUGUGCUGAUAUACUCAUAUUAACAGAGGGAAUUGUUACAGGCUCUAAAAUAACUGCCAUGUAUUAUUAGGUGCUUAUGAGUGAGCCGUUUGUAAAUGGCUUGUAGUCAAUAAAAUCAAACCUGUAAAACA